ACUAUGUAAAUGUUUGCGCAACAUUUGUUAAAGGAGUGGUUUAGGAGAAGGACACAUUCCUGCCAAUUACUUUCAGCCCUGUCUGUGCUGACCUGAAAUAAAUAGGGAAAUGAGAGUGUCAACAAGAGGGACAGUGUGAGACCAAAUGGACCGGAAGGUGAGCACUGAGCCUCUGAGUCGUUGUGAGGUGUUUGGACAGCUCAGGAGGGAGCUCUAUGGAGAGCGGCAGUCCAGCCAAUCCAGCACACACAUAUUCAUCAUCCUCGGAGCCUCUGGCGAUCUUGCUAAAAAGAAGAUCUAUCCAACUUUAUGGUGGUUAUUCAGAGAUGGGCUCCUCCCAGAUGACACCUACUUUGUGGGUUUUGCUCGAUCUAACCUGACCAUCGAAGACAUCAAGACAGCAUGUCUGCCUCAUCUGAAAGUCACUGAUGAAGAGACCGAGAGCCUCUCAGCCUUCUUUAGUAAGAACUCAUACUUCAGAGGCCGGUAUGACGACAACGGUUCCUUCGCGCAGCUUGAGGCUCAUCUGUCAUCUCUGCCAGGGGGAGUGGAUGCCAACAGGCUCUUCUACCUGGCUCUGCCCCCCACUGUCUACCACCAUGUCAGCACAAACAUCAGAGCCCACUGCAUGGGUCGCAAAGGCUGGAACAGGGUGAUUGUUGAGAAACCCUUUGGCCGGGACCUCCAGAGCUCACAGGAGCUGUCAGCCCACCUGUCCGCCCUGUUCGUGGAGGACCAAAUCUACCGCAUAGACCACUACCUGGGUAAAGAGAUGGUCCAGAACCUCAUGGUACUCAGGUUUGGAAAUCGCAUCUUUGGACCCAUAUGGAACAGGAACAGCGUUGCAUGUGUGGUCCUCACCUUCAAGGAGCCUUUUGGCACGCAGGGCAGAGGAGGAUACUUUGAUGACUUUGGCAUCAUAAGGGAUGUCAUGCAGAACCAUCUCCUGCAGAUGCUCUGUUUGGUUGCCAUGGAGAAGCCUGCCUCCACCAGCCCAGAUGAUGUGAGGGAUGAAAAGGUGAAGGUGUUGAAGAAUAUAGCUCCUGUUGCUGUGUCGGAUGUGGUGCUCGGUCAGUAUGUGGGGGACCCAAAUGGGGAGGGCCACUCCAAGUUGGGAUACCUUGAUGAUCCCACUGUACCGGAAGGCUCCUGCACACCAACAUUUGCCACCGCAGUGCUCUAUGUCCAGAAUGAAAGAUGGGAUGGGGUUCCUUUCAUCCUCCGCUGUGGUAAAGCUCUGAACGAGCGAAAGGCAGAAGUGCGUUUGCAGUUCACCGACGUGCCAGGAGACAUCUUUAACGAGCGCUGCCAGAGAAACGAGCUGGUGGUGCGGGUGCAGCCAGACGAAGCAAUCUACCUGAAGAUGAUGACCAAGAGGCCGGGGGUUUACUUCAGCCCGGAAGAGACUGAGCUUGACCUCACAUACAAGAGCAGAUACAAGAAUGUGAAGCUCCCAGAUGCUUAUGAGCGACUGAUCCUGGAUGUCUUCUGUGGAAAUCAGAUGCACUUUGUGCGCAGUGAUGAGCUGCGGGAGGCCUGGAGGAUCUUCACCCCACUUCUGCACCAAAUAGAGGCAGAGAAGAAGAAUCCCACCCCUUACACCUAUGGAAGUCGGGGUCCAAACGAAGCAGACGAUCUUGUGAAGAGGGUGGGAUUCCGCUAUGAGGGGACAUACAAGUGGGUGCAUCCCCACAAAAUGUGAUACCUUCUAUCUCACACUAACGUGCACAUGAACACACAAACACACAAACACACAAGCACACGCUAUUGUUGGCAAGAAAAUAAAGUUUACUGCACACUUUUU